UCCAAACUAGAGUAUUAUAUGUAUGUAAAUUAACAGGAUGCACAGUUUGCAAAGGCAAAAUAGCAAUUUUGGCCCCUCAACUUUAUUAUAAGGGUUAAAUUCAUCUCUCAAUUUUUAAAUUCCAACAUGAUCCCUCAACUUUCAAUUUAGGGUCAUAUUCAUCCUUAUGAUGAUAUUAUACUCCAUAACAACAUAUGCAAAAAGUCUUUUUUUAUUCAUGUUUUCUUCUCCUCCUUGAUUUUCACUCUUCAUGCGUCUGUAAUAUAUUGCGAUGCAUUGAUAAAUAAAUUUUAUGUUCUAAAUUUAAUACUUGUGUGAUGUUCAGCUUCUAAAUGUAUUGAUGCUCAUGUCACUAUAUUGAUAUUGAUGCUCAUGUCACUAUAUUGAUUUGCUUGCAAUGGCUAAAUAUUUUUUUAGUAAUAAUAAAUUGUUGAGGAAUUUAGAAUGGAAAAAAGACAAAAGUAAAGAGGAUUUUUUGCAUAAGUCUCAUAUUAUUAUGUAGUAGUAUAAUAUAGUAUAAGAAUGAGUUUGGAAUAUAUUGGUCUAUACGAAAGUUAAGAGACCCUAAAAUCGAAGUUGAGUUGAGGACGAGAACGGCUAUUUUGCCGUUUGCAAAUAACCGGAUCGGCGACCGCGAUCCAAUGGAGGGGCUUCUUUCUGCCGAAUUCGGAAUUCCCGAUAACGAUCUGGUUCCCUCCUCCGCGGGUCGCCGCCUCGCCGGAGCGUCCCUUACCUUAGGUGUCUCUUCUUCCUCCUGCCCUGUGUCGCGGUCUCAGGCUCUCGGCACCCGCAGCUUGCGCGGAGUAAAGGGUUCCCGGAAACCCUUGCCGCAGCGACACGCACGGCGGCGGAGCACCACAUGUCGCGGCGGGUUUCCUCAAGAUAACAAUACUUGAAGCGCUGCUGCUGGAAAUGGGAAGCACUGGAGUCCCACUACCUAUGGCUGUGUCGUCACCUGAAAUACCAGCUGUGAAAGAAGGAUCAGCUCCUGCACCACCUGCUAUUGGCUCCAAGCCAAAAAAGAAGAUAUGCUGCGCGUGCCCUGACACCAAGAGGCUGAGAGAUGACUGUGUCGUUGAGCAUGGGGAGUCUGCUUGCACGAAAUGGAUCGAAGCUCACAAGCGAUGCCUCCAUGCCGAGGGGUUUAAUGUGUGAUUCUUCUCUAGUCUGCUGCAGAUGUUAAGUUCACUUUCAUGGAUAUCAGAGAGCGAGCGAGGUGAAACCGGAGCCCUGUAUGAUCAGCGGACCAGUUGCCCAUUUUCACUCAAAAUAAGGUUACUGACAGGUGAUGACGGUGCGGUCUUGAAGAGCAAUUUACUUAAUGUGUUUUUUGUGCUUAGAAUGGGAUGAAACAGAAAACUUGAUUUGAUGAUUUCAAUCUCAUCUACAGGGCGUGUGAUAAGAGCAAUAACCGCAUCAAUGUCAGGCUAAUUAAUGGGUUCAAGGCAGUCCUUGAUCAGCUAGAACUGAAGGAAUUACACCUCAAUGGCCAAUGGUUUACAUGGUCAAGUGAAACUGAGUCUCCAACUUUCACUAAGAUCGACCAUAUUUUCAUCACCAAGGAUUGGGAACUGCAAUACCCAACCUGCUCCCUGCAAGCACUUGCUUCUUCCAUGUCUGAUCACUGUCCUCUACUGGUUACUCAACUACCGUCAGGUCCUAGGCGAAAACCUUUUCGCUUUGAGUCAUUCUGGCCCAAACUACCGGGAUUCUUGGAGGUGGUUCAGCAGAGUUGGAACAAGCCCUGCCACUCAGGAAACAAAGUUCGCCUACUACAUGUCAAACUAUCGCGACUAAGCAAGGCCUUACGCCGCUGGAGUCGGGAGCAAAUCCACCCGCUGAAGCUAGCGGCAGAUAUUGCCGCUGAGAUCGUACGGCUCCUUGAUCAAGUGCAAGAAAAUCGUCCACUCACAGCCGCUGAGUUAGCCUUACGCAAAAAGGCUAAGGCGAGAACCUUGGGCUUUGCGACAAUACGGAAGAUCAAGAUCAGGCAACGAGCACGACUGACCUGGAUCAAGCUGUCUGAUGCUAACACAAAAAUUUUUCAGCUUCGAGCUAAUGGCCGAAGAUAUCGCUACAAGGCGGUGACCGGGUGCUAACUGAUCACCAAGACAAAGCAGCUGCCAUUUUCAACCACUUCUCGCUACUAUUGGGCGCCAACACGCCUAGGACUGCCUCACUCAACUGGAGCCUGCUGGAUAUACCUUCUCAUGACCUACAACACCUUGAUGUACCAAUCAACCAACAAGAGAUCAAAACAGCAGUAUUCCAGGCACACUCUGAGAAGGCACCUGGCCCGGAUGGGUACACAGGACUGUUCUACAAGUUAACUUGGGAGAUCAUCAAGGAAGAUCUCACGUCGGCCGUCCAACAAAUAUUCAAUUUGUGUGGAAACUCCCUGCAAUUACUGAACACAGCCAACAUCGUGCUCCUGCCAAAGAAGGAUUCUGCACUCACGCCUGCAGAUUUUAGGCCGAUCAGCCUCAUGCACAGUGUUGCGAAGCUGGUCACCAAAUUACUGGCCAACAGAUUGGCGCCAGUGCUACACCAGAUAGUUUCUCCCUGCCAGUCCGCAUUCAUCAAAGGCCGCAGCAUUCAGGAUAAUUUUCAGUAUGUGCAAGGGGCUGUUAACCACUUUCACAAUUCCAACACUCCAAUGCUCUUCCUCAAGUUGGAUAUUCAAAAGGCAUUUGACAGCGUUCGGUGGGAAUACAUGCUAGAACUUUUACAGCGUCUUGGGUUUGGUCAGCGCUGGCGAGAUCUCCUAUCCAUCCUGUGGGGAACCACAUCUUCCAGAAUCUUACUCAAUGGAGUGCCAGGAAGACCAAUUCAUCACCGCCGAGGGCUGCGACAGGGGGAUCCUUUAUCACCAAUGUUAUUCAUUUUAGCCAUGGAUCCACUUCAGCGUCUCUUCGACAAAGCAACACAACAAGGCUUACUGUGCCCAAUAGGUGCUGAUCCAAUCCGGAUGCGCACCAGCCUCUAUGCUGAUGCUGCUGCCUUAUUUGUGAGGCCUAAGGUGGAUGAUCUCAUCACUGUCCGACAGCUCUUACAGGCCUUUGGGGAUGCGACAGGACUACACACCAAUCUGCACAAAUCCGAGAUUUAUCACAUCUCUUGCAAUGAACUGGAGUUGGAUGACAUUGCAGCAACCUUUCCUGCCAACAGUGCCUCUUUUCCAUGCAAUUACCUUGGCCUGCCACUACACAUUGGAAGGACGAGAAGAGUAGAUGAACAACUUCUGAUUGAUAAGAUUGGUGCCCGGUUACCAGGCUGGAAAGGAAGGCUCCUCACUCGUGCAGGAAGGCUGACACUAAUCAACUCAGUGCUCACCUCCAUUCCAGUUUAUCACAUGACAGUUUUUCCUCUUUCCAAAUGGGCAAUCAAACGCACAGAUCGUAUAAGGUGGAAUUUUCUUUGGAAAGGUGCUGAUGAUUUCCGCCACGGGAGCUGUUUGAUAAACUGGCGAUGAGUGAAUCGUGCCAAAAAGUUGGGGGGCCUGGGCAUCAAGUAUCUGUCCUGUUUCAAUCAUGCACUACACCUCCGCUGGCCCUGGUACAAAUGGACAGAACCUACCAAACCUUGGACAAGCAUGCCACUGAAACUUUCGGUGGAGGAACAAGAACUAUUCAAACUUUGCACUGCAAUUACUAUAGGCAAUGGAGCAAAAACUCAGUUUUGGAAGGACCGCUGGUUACAAGGAGAAGCACCCAUGUACAUUGCACCAGACUGCUUUCGUCUGGCCUGGCGCAAAAACAUUACUGUCCAGCAGGCGUUCAUUGACCGGAAAUGGAUGCGAGGCCUCCGACGCAUCUCCACUACUGCUGCUAUCAACCAAUUUGUGGACCUUUGGGGCAGAUUGCAACAAAUUCACCUCAGUGACUCGGAAGACACAAUCACUUGGCGCCUAACUGCAGAUGGUUCUUACUCAGCGGCAUCCGCUUAUGAUGUCCAAUUCGUCGGCUCCUUUGCAGACAACCGCUGGGAACAAGUUUGGCAAAUGAAAGUUGAAAACAAGUGUCGUGUAUUCAUGUGGCUACUUCUCCAAUGCAAACUACCCACAGCAAACAGGAUAAUUCAAUGCGGCGGCACGGCUGAUGCAAUUUGCAAACUGUGCCAUUGUCGAGAAGAGACAACCUUGCACAUGGUAGCAAACUGCUCCUACGCUAAGGAGGUAUGGCGUAUCUUAGCACAACGAGCCUCCAUCACUUUUGUGCAGAUCUCCACGCCACUUUCCAAUGUUAAAGAUUGGUGGGAGCACCUCAGUAAGGCUACUGGACUUGAUUUUGUUCACCUCCAACAAGUCCUCACCUACGGCACUUGGAACAUAUGGAAGGAACGAUGCCGGCGAGUGUUUGAGAACAAGGCAAUACUUGCAGAUCAGUUGGCUCAAGUAAUUUUGCAGGACGUCGCAGCUUACCGCCAAGCUCAUGCAAAUCCGGUUGUCUAGUUUAAAUACGCACACACUGUGUGCCGAGUUGUAACCCUUUGGCCUUUUCCUUUUAGCUACUAUUUUUUCUUGUAAACUUUUUGGACUUCUCCUACUUUAAUGCAAAAGCAGAGCACCUGCUAUAUUUCCUCAAAAAAGAUAAUGUAGUGAUGAAACAUAUUUAGAGUGA